UUUAUUUUACACCAAAAAUUUGCAGUCGUCGAGUGAAAUCUGUUAACCAAGACUUCAUUCAAUUACACAAAGCAAAAUGUUCAAGUCCUUCACAAUUCUGGCAUUGCUCGGAGCCUUGCACGGUUCCCUGGGUCUGGUCCCCAUUUACGUGGACCUCAUCCCCAUGUCGAACGCAAAUCGGCCUGGGACCGCGCUAUCGGGGACGCGCUACAUCACCGUCCACAACACGGCGAACACGUCCCCAGGCGCAAAUGCACGAGCACAUGCUAAUUACGUGAAAAAUCCUACCACCGACGUCUCAUGGCAUUUCACCGUCGAUGACCACGAAAUUUAUCAGCAUCUUCCCACCAACGAAGUUGGUUGGCAUGCGGGCACCUCUGCCGGAAAUGCUCAAUCAGUGGGGAUCGAGAUCUGUGAAAAUUCUGAUGGAAAUUUUAAUACUGCUGUUCGAAAUUCACAAGAGCUCGUAGCCAAGUUAAUGGGAGAUUUGAACGUUCCGUUGUCACGCGUAGUCACUCAUCAAUCCUGGUCAGGGAAGAACUGUCCCAGUCGACUCCUUGGAACUUGGGCUGAUUAUCUGAAUGGAAUUGGUGGUGGAGAUCCGAGCAAGUGUUAUGGAACCGUCACUGCGUCUGGUGGUCUCAACGUGCGUCAACUUCCAGAUGCCAGUAGUCCAAUUGUUGGGGCACUUGCGGAGGGAUCUUAUGUUCAGUUGAUGGGUCGUGCCACUGGGACACCCGUGAGUGGAAACUCAUACUGGUUCCAGGUUGGUGCAGGAUAUGCUUCGGCGUAUUACAUCAAUGUCUCCUCAGGAUCUAACCAAUUGUGGUGCACAAAUUAAUCACCCACAAAUUGAUGAUGACAAUAAUAAUUUGAAUAAUUUGCCAAAUAUGCACACUCGUACAUUAUUAUUAUGUAGUUGCCAAAAAAUUAAAAAUAAAAUAUGAACAUUA